GAUAGCUAUGUCGGAGGUACGGAGAUUUACCAAAAGGUUGAGUAAACCUGGAACGGCGGCGGAACUCAGGCAAAGUGUCUCGGAGGCUGUGAGGACAUCGGUGAUUGUGGAGCAGCCUAAGGUAAUUGAGCCUUUGGACUAUGAGAACGUGGUGUUCCAGAGGAAAGCCCAAAUCCACAGUGACCCUCAGCGAGACCUCCUGCUGUGUCCUGUCGACGACGUCUCGGAGUCUCAGAUCUCUCGUCAGAGGAGGACCGUGGUUCCCUCAGUGCCCCAGAAUGCAGAAAGGGACGCCAAGAGGCUGUUUGCCAAAGAGUGCAUCAAGACGUACAACAUGGACUGGCACGUCAUAAACUACAAAUAUGAAGCCUACUCUGGUGAUUUCCGCAUGCUCCCAAGUAAAGGCCUGAAGACAGACAAGCUUCCAGCUCACGUGUUUGAGAUCGAUGAAGACGCUAAAGAUGAGGUGAAUGAUGACUCGUCCUCUCUGUGCUCUCAGAGAGGGGGUAUCAUGAAGCAGGGCUGGCUGCAGAAAGCCAACAUCAACAGCAGCCUGUCUGUCUCCAUGAGGGUGUUUAAGAGGAGGUAUUUCUACCUGUCCCAGCUGCCGGACGGCUCCUACAUCCUCAACUCCUACAAGGAUGAGAAGAAGUGCAAGGACACCAAAGGGUCCAUCUACUUGGACUCCUGUAUAGAUGUCAUUCAGUGCCCUAAAAUACGUCGUAACGGCUUUGAGCUAAAGAUGCAGGAGCGCUUCAGCCACUUCCUGGCUGCGGACAGCGAGGCGGAGAUGGAGGAGUGGGUGAUCACCCUGAAACAGGCCCUGCAGAGCAGCACUGAGGGAGGAGACCGGAAGAACGGAGGAGACAGCCUAGACUGUGCCCUGGAUGAGGACAGCAGCAGCCAGGGGAAGGGAGAGAGCCUAUUGGAGAGUCUGGGGAGGAGCCUACACCCUGAACUCAUAAAGUAUGCUAGGGAAACCGACCAGCUCAAUAAAUUCAACAGGAAUGAAGGGAGACUAAAGCUGUUCUCUCUGGACCCUGAAACACAGAGGUUGGUCUUCUCGGGUAUAGAGCCUGACGUGAAGCCAUUUGAGGAGCGUUUCGGCCGACGCAUCGCCGUCAGCUGCCAUGACCUCACCUUCAGCCUGCAGGGUUGUGUCAACGAGAGGGGGGACGGGGUUCUCACCAAUGUGGAGCCGUUCUUCAUCAGCCUGGCUCUGUUUGAUGUGUCUAAGAGCUGUAAGAUCUCCUCUGACUUCCAUGUGGACCUCAACCCCCCCUGUGUACGAGAGAUGCUGAACGACACCUCUCAACUCUCCCCUACAUCAGAGGGAGGAGGUGGUGGUGGUGGUGGAGGAGGAGGAGUGAACAGUGAUGCAGGGAAUGGGAAUGGUCUGCCCAUUCUACAGAGGGUGUCUGAGUCUCUGCUGCGUUUCCCUACUCAGGGUAUCUUCUCAGUGACCAACCCCCAUGCUGAUAUUUUCCUGGUGGCCAGAGUGGAGAAGGUCCUACAGAAUGGCAUUACACACUGUGCUGAGCCCUACAUCAAGACCUCAGACAUCAACAAGACUGCCCAGAAGGUUCUGAAAGCUGCCAAGCAGACGUGUCAGCGCCUGGGCCAGUAUAGGAUGCCCUUCGCCUGGGCUGCCAAGCAGGUGUUUAAUGAUGCCCAGGGCAGUCUGGACAUGGACGGGAAGUUCUCUCCUCUCUAUCGCCAGGACAGCAGCAAGACCUCCACCGAUGACCUCAUCAAGAUGCUGGCUGACAUCAGGAAGCCAGAGAAGAACAAGCUGCAGAUGAUCCCUGGACAACUAAAUGUCACCAUCGAAUGUGUGCCUCCAGACUUCUCAAACACGGUGACCUCGUCCUACAUUCCAGUCAAGCCCUUUGAGGAGGAGUGUGAGAGGGUCUCUGUGGAGAUGGAGGAGUUUCUCCCUGAGGAGGCCAAGUACAACUACCCCUUCACUGUCUUCAAGAACCACCUGUAUGUCUAUCCCCUGCAGCUGAAAUACGACAACCAGAAGACCUUCACCAAGGCAAGAAACGUAGCGGUGUGUGUGCAGUUCAGAGACUCGGACGAAGAAGGCGCGGCCCCUCUAAAGUGUAUCUACGGAAAGCCAGGGGAGACACUCUUCACCACCAGUGCCUGUGCGGCCGUCCUCCACCACAACCAGAACCCUGAGUUCUAUGACGAGGUGAAGAUUGAGCUGCCAGUCCAUGUUCAUGAGAAACACCACAUCCUCUUUACCUUCUACCACAUCAGCUGUGAGAUAAGUACCAAGACCAGCACCAAGAAGAGAGAGGGAGUCCAGUCCCUGGUGGGCUACUCCUGGGCCCCUCUGUUGGAAGAUGGCAGGAUGCAGUCUAUAGAGCUACAGCUGCCUGUGUCUGCCACCCUGCCCCCUGGAUACCUGUAUGACAAGACCCAGGACGCCAAGAAGCCAGCGCCAGAUAUAAAAUGGGUAGAAAACUGCAAGCCCCUUUUCAAAGUGAAGACCAAUGUAGCUUCAACAAUAUACCCUGAAGAUCUGCACCUCCACAAGUUCUUCCAGCACUGCCAGCUGAUAAGGUCCUCCUCAGAGGGCAACCCAGCAGAACUCAUCAAGUAUCUUAAGUGCCUGCAUGCCAUGGAGGCUCAGGUGAUCAUUAAGUUCCUCCCCACUGUGCUGAUGCAGCUGUUUGAGGUGCUCACCACGGCAACCAAAGAAGCUCAAGAAAUCGCUGUCAACUCCACCCGUGUGAUUAUACACGUCGUUUCCCGGUGCCAUGAGGAAGGACUGGAAAACUACCUGCGCUCUUUUCUGAAGUAUGUGUUUGUGUCUGGGAACUCUGGGACCACUCAUGAAGUCCUGGCCACUGCAGUUACAGCCAUCCUCAAACAGACAGCAGAUUUCAACACCAGCAACAAGCUGCUCAAGUAUUCUUGGUUCUUCUUUGAGACAAUGGCCAAGUCCAUGGCCCAGUACCUCCAGGAGGGCAACAGGAUCAAGAUGCCCCGUGCCCAGAGGUUUCCAGACAGUUUCCACCAGGUGCUCCAGUCCUUGCUGUUGUCCAUCAUGCCUCACAUCACCAUCCGCCAUGUUGAGAUCCCAGAGGAGGCCCGCUGUGUCAACCUCAGCCUGGCUGGCUUCAUCAAGCGCUGUCUGACCUUCAUGAACAGAGGCUUUGCCUUCAGCCUGGUCAACGACUACAUGUGUGCCUUCACACUCAAAGACCCCAAGGUCUUGACGGAGAUGAAGUUUGACUUCUUGAUGACGGUGUGUAACCACGAGCACUACAUCCCGCUCAACCUGCCCAUGGCCUUCGGCCGCACCAAGCUGCAGAGAGUACAGGACCAUAGCCUGGAGUCUGCGCUGACGGAGGAGUACUGUAAGAACCACUUCCUGGUGGGUCUGCUGCUGAGGGAGGUGGCGGAGGCCCUGCAGGGGUCACCAGAGGUCAGACAGCUGGCAGUGGCCGUGCUGAAGAACCUGCUUAUCAAACACUCCAUGGAUGACCGUUACACCCAGAACAAGAACCAGCAGGCCCGGAUCUGUCUGCUGUACCUUCCACUGCUUGAGCUGCUCUACCAGAACCUCAAGCAGCUGUCUGCCCAGCAACACACCUCCAGCCCUGGCCUGGGCUUCACCGGUUCCAGAGAUGACUUGAGAUCAACCAGCUCGAUGGACAGCCGCAGGACCAGCACGGCCAUCGAUAAAGACCACGGUCCAGGAGAUCAGAAUGGCCACCUGGUGAGGAGGGAGGACUCCAGAGGAUCUCUGUUCAUAGACCCUGGCACUCCAGACAGCUUUGAGCUUCACCGGCGGGGCUCCACUAUGAGCAGCAGUACUGCUCUCCCUCCCAUAGGCAGACUGGGCCACUAUGAAAUCAAAGGACUGCUGCUGUGUUUCCUUCACAUCGUCAGGACCAUCUCAGAAGACACCCUGCUGGCCUACUGGAACAAGAUCAACCCUCAGGACAUCAUCAACUUCCUCAGUCUACUGGAGACGUGCCUGGUGCAGUUCCGCUAUGUUGGAAAGAGGAACAUUGGGAGGAGUCAGGAUGCCUGGGUAUCCAAGCUGUUCUCGUCAGACAUGAAGAAGCAGACCAUGCCUGUGAUGCGCUGCAGAGCCGGCCUCAUGCAGGUCAAACUGCAGCAGUUUAGCACCAUAGAGACCGCUCUCACACUCAACAUAGGGGCUGGUCCGUCAGAGGCAGAGGUCCAUCACCAGGCUCUGUUAGAGGGUAGUAUCUCUACAGAGGCCUGUCUCAGCGUACUGGAUGUCCUAUCACUCUUCAUUCAGUGCUUCAAGAACCAGCUGCUGGACAGUGAUGGCCACAACCCCCUGAUGAAGAAAGUGUUUGAUGUUUAUCUCAAAUUCCUGAAGGUUGGGCAAUCAGAGGCUGCCCUCAAACACGUCUUUGCCUCCCUCAGGGCUUUCAUUAACAAGUUCCCGGUGGCGUUGUUUAAGGGCCGUGUGACUCUGUGUGCGGCUCUGUGCAAUGAGGUUCUGAAGUGCUGUGUAUCUAAGAUGGGUCUGCUGCGGGCCGAGGCCUCCACUCUACUCUACCUGCUGAUGAGGAACAACUAUGAGUACACCAAGAGGAAGACCUUCCUACGCACUCACCUGCAGAUCAUCAUCGCAGUGAGCCAGCUGAUCUCAGAUGUGGCGCUGACCGGUAGCUCCCGCUUCCAGGAGUCCCUCUCUAUCAUCAACAACUUUGCCAACAGCGACAAAGCCAUGAAGUCGACAGCGUUCCCUGGGGAGGUGAAGGGACUGACGAAGCGUAUCCGGACGGUGCUGAUGGCCACGGCCCAAAUGAGGGAGCAUGAAAAGGACCCAGAGAUGCUGCUGGACCUGCAGUACAGCCUGGCUCGCUCCUACGCCUCCACCCCCGAGCUGCGACGCACCUGGCUGGAUAGCAUGGCCCGGGCACACAUCAAGAACGGAGACCUCUCUGAGGCUGCUAUGUGUUACGUCCACAUUGCUGCACUGGUGGCAGAAUAUCUCCACAGGAAAAAGAUGUUCCCCAGUGGCCUGGCUGCAUUCAAGAGGAUCACUCUGAACAUUGAAGAGGAGGCUGCCAUGAAGGAGGACACAGGCAUGCAGGAUGUCUACUACACUGAGGAGGUCCUAGUGGAACACCUGGAGCUGUGUGUGGAGGGGCUGUGGAAGGCAGAGCGAUACGAACUGAUCACACACAUCGCCAAGCUCAUCAUCCCUGUCUACGAGAAACGGCAUGACUUUGAGAAACUGAGCCGUCUGUAUGACACGCUGCACAGAGCUUACAAUAAGAUCCUGGAGGUGAUGCAUACAGGCCGGAGACUGCUGGGGACCUACUUCAGAGUGGCCUUCUAUGGACAGGGCUACUUUGAGGAGGAGGAUGGGAAGGAGUAUGUUUACAAGGAGCCCAAACUCACAGGUCUGUCGGAGAUCUCUCAGCGCCUUCUAUGGCUCUACGGGUACAAAUUUGGAGCUGAAAACGUCAAAAUCAUCCAGGACUCCAGCAAGGUCAACCCCAAAGACCUGGACAUCAAGUUUGCUUACAUCCAGGUCACCUUCGUCAAGGCUUACUUUGACGAGAAGGACUGUCCGGAGAAGAAGACAGACUUCGAGAAGUGCCACAACAUCAACCGCUUCAUGUUCGAGACGCCGUACACGCUGAUGGGGAAGACACAUGGCGGUGUGGAGGAGCAGUGCAAGAGGAGGACAGUGCUCACAACAGCCAACACGUUUCCGUAUGUGAAGAAGCGUGUGGAGGUGUUGGGGGAGAAGCAGGUAGAGCUGAAGCCUGUGGACGUGGCCAUCGACGAGAUGCAGGCGCGCACCGCCGAGCUGACCAAACUCUGCUCCUCCCAGGAGGUGGACAUGAUCCAGCUGCAGCUCAAAUUGCAGGGCUGUGUCUCUGUACAGGUCAAUGCAGGUCCUAUGGCGUACGCCAGAGCCUUUCUGGACGACUCCAAAACCAGCAAGUCCAACAAUAAGAAAGCCAUAGAGCUGAAGGAGGUGUUCAGGAGGUUUGUGGAGGCCUGUAGUAUGGCGCUGGACAUAAAUGAGCUUCUGAUCAAGGAGGACCAGUUUGAGUACCAUGAGGGCCUGAAGGGCAACUUCAAAGACAUUGUUAAGGAGCUGUCAGACAUCAUCCAUGAACAGAUCGUCCAGGAGGAUAUGAUGCAGUCACUGCUCCAGAACUCCUUACAUGUAUUCCGUGCUAUCAGUGGGACGACUACAGACCUGGGCUAAAGUCUACAGACCACACAUUUUUCACACAGAGUAUAGCUAUUUUUCACACACACACACGCACACAUGCAUUCUCCGCCAGCUGAACCUAAACCGGAUCUGUCAGCUUCCUGGUAAUGGCUGUCUUUUGUUAUGAUCAAUGCAAAGCUGUUGUUGCCUUGCACACUGCAUCAAAUGGCUUGGUUGCUUGAGAGAAGUGGAAACACAACAUUACACUUAAGUGCUGGAGUCUAUUCUGCUAUGCUCUAAGGUUGCUUAUGUUAUAGGAAAAAACAAACAGUAACCAACCCAUCUGUCUGUACACUCUUAGAAAAAAGGGUUCCAAUAGGGUUCCAUGUGGAAACAGUUCUACAUGGAACCAAAAUAGUUGUACCUGGAACCAAAUAGUGUUAUUCAAAGGGUUCUCCAAUGGGGACUGCCGACGAACCCUUUUAGGUUCUAGAUAUAGAUGGGUUGGCUGACAACAUCACGCAAAUGAUGUGUGCGCAUCGAUGUGGCCGGAAGGCGUGUGUUGAUAUGAUUCUGAACGGUCAGAUAGCUAGCAGCAAUGACGAGAAGCUGCCAUGUGGGGAAUCAUAGGUUGCCCGUUUCAGCUCGUUGUGUCUUGUUAUUGAUACCAUGUAUUUGAGAGACAAGUGCUCAUUGUGCAAAUGUAUUUAUGUUUUCAAUAAACAUUUAGAGACUAAAUACAGUUUACAUGUUAUCAACAGUCUAAGCCCACCCUGUCUGUUUUGUCCCAUAGUUGCGCACGCGUCGGUUUUGUCGCUAAACAACCAACCCAUCUAUUAGAUGUAAGGAAAAUGUACAGUAAGGAAAGGAGAUUUAAUGAAGUAUACUCUGAUGUCAAAUUGUCAGUCACUCUGUAAUAACCCAAUGCUCAGACAGUUACUUUAGUUGUUGAGCUGUGUUGUGUGUUCUGAUAUGGGGCCCCUGCUCUUUGACCGUAAGAUUGAUUAGCCUGGUCCCAGAUCUCUUAGUGCUGUCUUGAGAACUCAUAGGCUGCGUUGACACAGACAGCCCAAUUCUGAACUUUUGACCAAUUAUGGGGAAAAGAUCUGAUCUGAUUGGUCAAAAGACCAAUUAUUGUGGGACCAGGCUAAUGGUUGUGAUUUUAUGCCUCUAUCACAGGGGUAUUCAAAUCCUACCCUUCAAGGUCCGGAAUACUGCUGUUUUUCCUCUUCUACCUGAUAAUUAGUUGCAUACAUCUGGUGUCCCAGAUCUAAAUCAGUCCCUGAUUUAAAGGGGAAGAAUUGAAAAAGUCUUUGAGGUCCAGGUUUGAAUUUGAGGGCUGUAUAAGCUAGCUGGUUCUAGUGAUCUAGUAGUGCCUACAUCUCUCCUCAGAAAAGUCUCCUGUUCAAGUAAUAAUAAAACUUCCAACACAUGCUGAUUGUACAGUAUUUCACAAGUGCUACACUGAAAUUAGUAGACUGCUGAUGAUAAUAAUUUGCAGAUGUAUAUAAUAUAUUGUUAUGCUGUAAAAGAAGAAAAAUGUGUAUGUAUGUAAUGUAUGUAUUUAUAUUUGUACUGUUUUUGGAAAAAUGCAUGGUUGCAUCAGGUCUGGGAGAGAGGUGUUAUUUCUCUGAUUGUGUCUGACUUAUUUGCCAUUUUUAAUUACACUAUAUAUGUGUAAGUACAGGUGCUUGUUCAACAUAUUGCAUGUUUGUAAAGCCAUUUUUCAAUAAAAACAUAUUUUAAAAAGUGGGUUGUAUUGACCUCAUUAUUUUGUAUUUAUUUUAAUGUUUAUGUAUUAACGUUAUUAAUGGAUUUAUUAACUUUUAUUAUGGUGCUUAAAUUAUACACGGGGCUCAUAGCCUAAGCAGGGGUGGUGUAUUACGGGUG